UUGUUGUCGUAGCUAGAAUUAGCGCAGCCAUUUUGUAACAAUCUGGUGGCUUUUGUUGUUAGCGAGUUUAAAUGUAAUUAUUUUGUUUUUUAGUAUUGUUAGGCAUCAUCUUGAGAAAAGCAUCACAACUUGUUUUGAACGUUUAGACUAGCGUUAUAUUUUUCCGUGCAAUUCAGUACUGUUUUUGAAUUUUGUGAGCACUAAAAACUGUGUAAAGGUGUUUUGAAAGGUAACAGUGACUUAUUCAUUUGGCACUGCAAUCAUGGCAUCCGAUGACUUUGACAUCGUCAUUGAGGCUAUGCUGGAAGCACCGUACCAGAAGGAGGAUGAAAGUGGUGCCAAGUCUGACAGGAAAUCUGGUGAAAGUAGUAAAGGGAGGAGGAGUAGGAGCAGCAGCAGAGGCAGAGAUCGACGCAGAAGUCGAAGUCGCAGCAAAGACCGACACCAUCAUCGUAGCAGUAGGAGCAGGGAUGUGCGUUAUCGUAGCCGAAGUAGAGACCGGCGUUACCGAAGCAGAGACCGUAGGCGUAGUGGAUCCCGAAGCAGAGACCGUAGACAUAGUGGGUCCCGAAGCAGAGACCAUAGGCCUAGCAUAUCCCAAAGCAUUGACCAUAGGCCUAGCAGAUCCCAAAGCAGCGACCAUAGAAGGGAGCACAUCCGGUACAAAAGCCCUGUGAGGAAAAGCACACUAAGUAGAAGUCGAAGCCCAUUUUUUAAAGAGAAGAGUCCUGUCAGAGCACCAAUUGAUAACUUGUCACCUGAAGAGAGAGAUGCCCGUACUGUGUUUUGUAUGCAGCUUGCCGCACGAAUAAGAUCUAGGGACUUGGAAGACUUUUUUUCUUCUGUUGGAAAGGUGCGUGAUGUCCGAAUAAUCUCAGAUCGCAAUUCACGAAGGUCAAAAGGAAUUGCUUAUAUAGAGUUCUGUGAGGCAGAAUCUGUGCCACUGGCCAUUGGUCUUACUGGUCAGAGAUUGCUUGGUGUCCCUAUCAUUGUACAGGCAUCUCAAGCAGAGAAGAAUCGUAUUGCAGCAAUGGCCAACAAUUUGCAAAAGGGUAUUUUGGGUCCCAUGCGAUUGUAUGUUGGAUCUCUCCAUUUUAACAUUACAGAGGACAUGUUGCGUGGCAUUUUUGAGCCCUUUGGAAAGAUUGAAAACAUCCAGUUAAUGAAAGAUUUGGAUACUGGACGUUCAAAAGGCUAUGGAUUUAUAUCGUUUGCAGAUGCUGACUGUGCUCGUAGGGCUUUGGAACAGUUAAAUGGAUUUGAGCUGGCAGGGCGGCCGAUCAAGGUUGGUCAUGUUACAGAACGCAUGGAUGGAAACUGCGAUGUUUCUUUCCUAGACAGCGAUGAAUUGGAAAGAACAGGAGUUGACUUGGGCACCACUGGAAGACUUCAGCUUAUGGCAAAGUUAGCAGAAGGCACUGGUAUUCAGAUACCUCCUGCGGCCCAAGCAGCCUUGCAGCUUAAUGGAGCAAUUCCUCUUGGUGCCCUGAAUCCUAUUUUAGGACUUAAUCAAUCUAUGGCCUUGACUGCUCCCAUAGCAACUCAGUGUUUUCAGCUUUCGAACAUGUUCAACCCCCAAACAGAUACAGAUCCAAAUCUUGAAGUAGAAAUUACAGAAGAUGUUGUUGAGGAAUGUAACAAACACGGUGGAGUUGUCCAUGUAUUUGUGGACAGAAAUUCUCCAACUGGUAAUGUUUAUGUGAAGUGUCCGACAAUUGCAGCAGCCAUGGCAGCAGUGAAUGCCCUACAUGGAAGAUGGUUUGCAGGGAAAAUGAUCACUGCUGCCUACAUUCCACUUGCUUCCUACCAUGAUCUCUUUCCAGAAUCCAUGAAUGCCAGUCAGUUGAUAUCAUCUGCCAAGAAAUAACUCCAUGAGCAGUUAACUUACUGAACUGGACUUUUUUUUUAGUGGUAAAGUCUUCUGUAAUGUGGAACUUGUCAGUUCUCAGAUUCUUGACAAAAAUUAUUCUCCUCCCACAUACAGGACCAGACUUUCCGUUUUUGCCACCUGGCUUGGGUGUGUGGAAUUGUAGAUACUGUGUAGUGCUAAUUUUCUGCUGGUCUGGUCUCGGAUACUGAAACUUGACUCAAGGACUUACCUUGAAGUAAUCUGUUAUGGAAGGAGGAGUACAAUGUGUAAAUAAAAAAAUGUAAAAAGGUUUGAACGUUACAAAAAUUUGAGUUUUAUUCUUCAAAUGCAUUUCAGCUGUAAAUAGUUGCAGGCUUUUGUUUUGCCCUUAACUCGUGAUUUUGUUCAGGCACAUUGAAGUUUAUAAUUUGGGGUACUGGAUGACUGGUAAUUAGUUUUACUGCAUUAUAUAUAACCUGCCAGUUUCUAUAGUGGACCUUAAGUUUUGGUAGGUUUUUGUUGCAGUACUACCUCUUAGUGUACAUAUCUGUAGUUAAUAAGGAAACUAGUCUAGUAAACAUUGGUUGGAUGUGGGGCAUUCAGCCACCCUGUCUUUUUUCACUUCCAUCAUGGUAAUUGUUUUUGAGUGAGAGCAUUUUUUUUUCUUGGACUGUCAUUGAACUGGAUUUAAUUGAGCAAUAUUUUUAACCCUUACAGUGUGGGGUAAAUUGAAGGGCCCUCAUGGAGUAAUACAUUAUUAGCCCUUCUCUUCCUCCUCCUCAACAAAACAAAAAACUUAACUGCAUCUGCAGUUUGCUCAUAGGUGUUGUACAGUUGAAUUAGAAUUGAAUUUAACUUUUUUGGUGGGAAGUGCAUAUCUUUUCCCUGCUUUUUUUGUUCAAUUUACCUGUCAGUUGUAAAUUUUGAAGAUUGGGACUGCUUUCAAUUAUUACUUUAUAGGCAUUUUAUAGAGGCUGUGCUGUAACUUUUGAGAACAUUAGAGGUUAGCAGUCAGUUGCAUUGUUUUGCAUAUAUAGGGUGUUUAGUGUAAAAACAAUAUGUACAGUAUCUUUAUUUCAUUAUUUUCCAGUCUGUCUUUUAAAACCAGUGUUGCGUUUUUGAGACUUGGACCUCUUUUCUCCACUCUAGCUAGGACAGAUGUAGUAGGUGUAUAUACUUACCUUUGUGUGUGUGUACUUGAGUCCUUGUGUACAUGCACAAAUGUAGGCUUAUAUUUAUAUUUAUGUAUGUAUGCACAUUUAAAUAUGUGCAUGUGUCCUGUCCAUCCCACGGUGAAUGCUGGUCUUGGGAGUUUAAUGUUUAGAACCGUCUUUAAAUGCAAGUUUGUUUGAAGAACAUUGAUAUAAUUUUUAAUGCAUUUUAUUUUGGUAUCAAAGUCCUUUGUAUUCAUCAAAACAUUUAUAAUGAAUGUUUUUGCUAAGCAAAAUAAAUUCCUGAAAUGGUG